AGGCUGAAGAUGGUUUGAGGCAAGCUUCCUGGUGAGAAAGCUUCGAGAAGCUUAUCCAUUGACUAAGGAAUGUAUACGGUAAAGCGCUGAGGCUAGCAGAGCAAUGGAGGCUCGUCACUGGUCUCACUGACAUGCGGAUAAGAUCCCGGCAAGAACUGCAUCCUUUCUCUAAAUGCCAUCGUCACUGCUUCGUCCGAAGCCCACCGAUGAGGACCUCGCAAAGCCCGUCGGCAUGCUGGAUCUCCAUGAAGAAUCCGGCCUUGCGGCGAUCCGAGAAUGUGGUGUCUAUGACGCAUUCCUUCCUCUCACUGGCGAGUGUGCAGAGUCAAAUAUAGUGGCGGACCAGGACGGCAAUCUUCUCUGGGCCGACCAAGGCGAGCUGUCGUUGCGCCCGGAAAUUUCGCGCAAUGCUCUACACCGCCUCCUGGUGUCCAAUCUUCCUCCGGAGUCGAUCCAAUGGAGCCAUAAACUAGUCUCUGCUACUAGUAUUACUGUAUCCGGCCACACCGAAACCGAACUAGACUUUGGUGCCCACGGAAAGCACACGUUCGACCUCGUCAUAGGAGCCGACGGUGCAUGGUCCAAGGUCCGCAACGUGCUUACCGAUGUGAAGCCGCGAUAUUCGGGGAUCCAGAACAUCAAUGUCACGAUCCGGCACAUCACCUCGAAAUAUCCCAAGCUUGCCGAGCUGGUCGGGGCUGGAACGUUCAUGGCACUGGGCACAAAGCAUGGAGUCAUGUCCCAACGCACGUCGCAAGACUCAGCCCGGAUCUACUUCGUGCUGAGCACGGCGGACGAGCACUUUGCAACCGUAUUUGGACUGGAGGGCAAGUCCGCGGAGCAAGCCAAGGACAUCCUCCUCAACCAUGACGCCCUGCUCAAACCUUGGGGUUCUAUCAUCAAAGAACUAGUAGCCGUGGCCUGCGACGAAGAGUCGGCGGAUAAUCCGGGCACCGCGGCCGAUAUCAAGCCGCUUUACAUGCUGCCCGUCGGGCAUACCUGGGAGAACCGACCUGGAGUAACCCUCAUCGGUGACGCAUCGCAUCUUAUGUGUCCGUGGGCCGGGGAAGGAGUCAACCUGGCUAUGUGGGACUCGUUGCUUCUAUCUCGAGCCAUCAUCCAGGCAUACGAGGGUGCCGAAGGAGAGUCGAGGUCCUUCCAGAGCGCAUUGGAUCCCCUGGUGAAGGCAUUCGAAGUGGACAUGUGGGCGCGUGCUAAGGAGAAGGCGGACGAGACCGUGGCUAACUGUGAGUUGAUGUUUGGAGGUGAUGAUAGUGCAAAGGCGAUGGCAGAUAUGUUUAAGAGCUUCAUGUCUCCACAGGGCUCCGGGCUUUGA